CCUCUCUCUCUUCUCCAUCCUCUCUGCCCGUCCUGCCAUUGACUCUUUGGCGCUCUCCCACCGCCCCUGGACUCGCAAUGGCUGCCCCGAUGAGGCCGCUCGCCGCCAACGUGCUCUCGCAGGUGCAGCACGCUAACCGCAGGACCUUCACCACACAAUUCAUGGCCACCAGGGCGCGAUGGACGCCCCGGCCCACGCACAACCAGAUCGCCCUGCGCCAGUCUGUCCGCCACCAGUCGACGGCCGGCCCCAAGCCCAAGCGCUUCCGCCUGCUGCGCUGGACAUGGCGCCUCACCCAGCUGUCCGUCAUCGCCGGCCUGGGAUACGUCGGAUACGGCAUCUACGAGACGCGCAACCCCGCGGACCAGGCGCCGCCCGACCCGACCAAGAAGACGCUCGUCGUCCUCGGUACCGGCUGGGGCUCCGUCUCCCUGCUCAAGAAGCUCGACACGGAAAACUACAAUGUCGUCGUCGUCUCGCCCCGCAACUACUUCCUCUUCACCCCGCUGCUCCCCUCGUGCACCGUCGGCACCAUUGAGCACCGCUCCAUCAUGGAGCCCAUCCGCAACUUUCUGCGCCACAAAAAGGCCCAGGUCAAGUACUACGAAGCAGAGGCCACCAAGAUCGACUACGACCGCAGGAUUGUCUACAUCAGCGACGACUCGGACAUCAAGGGCGACGUCUCCAAGACCGAGGUUCCCUUUGACAUGCUGGUGGUUGGUGUCGGAGCCGAGAACGCGACUUUUGGUAUCCCGGGUGUCAGGGAGAACGGCCUCUUCCUGAAAGAGGUCGGCGAUGCCCAGCGUAUCCGCAACCGCAUCAUGGACUGCUGCGAGACGGCCACGUUCAAGGACCAGUCUGAGGAGGAGAAGAAGCGCCUGCUUCACAUGGUCGUCGUCGGUGGCGGUCCUACCGGUGUCGAAUUCGCCGGUGAACUGCAGGACUUUUUCCACUCGGACCUGAAGAAGUGGCUGCCAGAGAUCCAGGACAACUUCAAGGUGACGCUGGUCGAGGCGCUGCCCAACGUCCUGCCCAUGUUCUCCAAGCAGCUCAUUGACUACACGGAGAAGACGUUCAAGGAGGAGACGAUUGACAUUCGCACAAAGACCAUGGUCAAGAAUGUCACGGACAAGUACAUUGAGGCCGAGUCCUCGGGUCCCGACGGCAAGAAGCAGCUCGAGCGCAUCCCCUAUGGUCUUCUCGUCUGGGCCACCGGCAACGCUCUCCGCCCCAUUGUCAAGGACCUCAUCAACCAGAUCCCCGCCCAAAAGGACUCGCGCCGCGGUCUCGCCGUCAACGAGUACUUGGUUGUCAAGGGCACCGAGAACGUCUGGGCAGUCGGCGAUUGCGCCGUCGCCAACUACGCUCCCACUGCCCAGGUUGCUGCCCAGGAGGGUGCUUUCCUCGCGCGCAUGUUCAACAACAUGGCCAAGACGGCCGAGAUUGAAAAGGAGCUCUCGCAACUGUCUGUCGAGCAAGAAAAGGCACCCAGCAAGGAGGCCCGUGACAAGGUCUUUGGCGAGAUCAAGUCUCUGCAGCAGAGGCUGAGGAGGAUCAAGUCGAUUGGUCCGUUUGAGUACUCUCACCAGGGCUCGCUCGCCUACAUUGGCUCGGAGAAGGCCGUUGCCGACAUUUCGUGGUUUGCGGGAAACAUUGCCUCUGGCGGCACCAUUACCUAUAUUUUCUGGCGCUCGGCCUACCUCAGCAUGUGCUUUAGCACUCGCAACAGGAUACUCGUCAUGAUGGACUGGGCCAAGGCUAAGAUUUUUGGCCGCGAUGUUUCGCGCGUGUAAGAUUUUUUUUUUGGAUUCUUCGAGAUUCUGACGACUUUUUAUCCUCGCCCUUGUGAUAUCCUUUUUGGGGAAUAGAAGAGGAAAGGAAAGGAAGACAAAGUUGAAGACUAUUUUUUCUUUUCUUACAAGAGGGAUAAAGGAAAUACUUGCUCUUCUUCUUCUUCUUCUUUCUUGUGGGGGGCAGCAAAGAUACUUCAUUUGGAUACACACACAUCACCC